GGCAGUAUGAGCUAUUGGAUACUGGCCGCCAUUUUAACUAAGGAAGAAGAACCAACACCGUGGUGAGCAUAGCUAGCAGUUACCUAACAUGUCUUAAGUAAAAAUGAAUCAAGAACGCGUAAAAAUGUUCCCGCUCAUAACUCUAAUGUCUUGAGAAUAUGAACAACAUGUUGGUCUUACUCUAAGGAAAAACUCACAGUGACAUUGACUCUUGAAGCCAUAUUACAGAGUCAGAAUCGCCAUGAAUAAGACGUUUAGUCAGUGGAAGAAGCAGUGUCUGAACAAGCUGGACUCGAGUAAGAAGGGCAGUGUGGAUCAAGAUAUUGAACAUGUAGUGUCGCUGCUCAAUAGCUGUGAGGAGUACUUCACCACAAGCUCCUGCUCCGGAAGAAUCAUUCUCAUCGACGUGUGUCCAGAGAGCAGUGAUGUCCAGAAACAGAAUUGUAUUUGGUUGUUUGUCUCCCACCAAAAAUGUACAUCUGAUGACCUGAUGUCUGGUCUGGCCAAGUCCAUUAGAGAUGUUGUGUUGAAGUUUGAGCCCUUUGUACUCCACGUUCAGUGUAGGAGGCUGGAAGAUGCACAGCUUAUGCACUCAGUGGCCAUCAACUCAGGCUUCAGGAACUCUGGUCUCACUGUCAGCAAGACGGGAAAGAUAAUCACGGCAGUCCGUAGCACCCAUGGCCUGGAGGUUCCUCUGAGCCAUCAUGGAAAACUCCUGGUUGGACAUGAGUACAUCCAUUUCUUAACUCAGAUAGCCAAUCAGAAGAUGGAGGAGAACCUCAGACGAAUCCACAGGUUCUACCAGAACCUCCAGUCAGCGCUGACUACAGAGAAACUACACAAACUACGAUUACCAGAUCCUUCCAGCUCACAGGAACUAAAAUAUCCCCCUAAGAGACUAGAGACAGAAAAAGAAGAGAAGAACAAAACAAGUGUGUAUAAACGGAGGCGCAAGAGAGAACAUCAUCAGACUGAUUGUUGCCAUGGUGAUGGGUCUAGCAGUGUGGAAGAGCUGGAUGAAUUUCUGGACCUGUUAACAUGAAGUGGUGGCUCUGCACAUAUGCUAUGAUGCUAAGUAUGUCAUCAUAUGGUUAAUGGUGUUGCUCUUUGUGAAUGCUUUAAUGCUGAUUAUUAUUUUUCUUGAGAGUAGGAGCCUUUAUUAUGAAGUAUGGUAACCUAUAACCUACACAGCUGACUUGCUCUGGAGCAGUUUAAAAAUAGGAUUGGUUUGAAAUGUGUCAACAGCCCGCCUCUAGACUGGUCCACUUAUUAAAGUCAUCAUUUCUACAAGAUCACAAUAUGGACAAAGCUGCUACAGUAAUGUGACUAAUAAUAAAGAGCAAUUGAGAUGUUUUUAUA